GGUGUUUUUACCGUGAUGACAACAGGCGCCCUCCGCCGCCACCAUCGCUGAUUGCAGGCCAGAGCCGUGUGAGGACCAGGGAGGGGCUCACCCACCCGUGAGUGAGGCACAGCCGUUGACACACCUUGGACCGCCUUAUCUGAGCAAGAUGACAGCGGAGCGCUGGCCCUGCCCUUGACCUCAUGAGGGGGGAGGCCCCUCCAGGCCCAAAGAUGGGGAACAUCACUGCGGACAACUCCUCUCUGAGCUGCAACAUCGACCACACCAUCCACCAGACGCUGGCGCCGGUGGUCUACGUCACGGUGCUGGUGGUGGGCUUCCCAGCCAACUGCCUGUCCCUCUACUUCGGCUACCUGCAGAUCAAGGCCCGGAACGAGCUGGGCGUGUACCUGUGCAACCUGACCGUGGCCGACCUCUUCUACAUCUGCUCGCUGCCCUUCUGGCUGCAGUACGUGCUGCAGCACGACCACUGGGCGCACGGCGACCUGUCCUGCCAGGUGUGUGGCAUCCUCCUCUACGAGAACAUCUACAUCAGCGUGGGCUUCCUGUGCUGCAUCUCCAUCGACCGCUACCUGGCCGUGGCCCACCCCUUCCGCUUCCACCAGUUCCGCACCCUGAAGGCGGCCAUGGGCAUCAGCGUGCUCAUCUGGGCCAAGGAGCUGCUGACCAGCGUCUUCUUCCUCAGGCACCAGGAGGUCGUGGAGGACGAGGACCGGCACCGCGUCUGCUUCGAACACUACCCCAUCCAGGCCUGGCAGCGCAGCAUCAACUACUACCGCUUCCUGGUGGGCUUCCUCUUCCCCAUCUGCCUGCUGCUCGCGUCCUACCAGGGCAUCCUGCGUGCCGUGCGCCGGAGCCACGGCACCCAGAAGAGCCGCAAGGACCAGAUCCAGCGGCUGGUGCUCAGCACCGUGGUCAUCUUCCUGGCCUGCUUCCUGCCCUACCACGUGCUGCUGCUCGUGCGCAGCGUCUGGGAGGCCAGCUGCGAGUUCGCCAAGGGCGUCUUCAACGCCUACCACUUCUCCCUCCUCCUCACCAGCUUCAACUGCGUCGCUGACCCCGUGCUCUACUGCUUCGUCAGUGAGACCACCCACAGGGACCUGGCCCGCCUCCGCGGAGCCUGCCUGGCUUUCCUCACCUGUGCCAGGACCGGCCGGGCCAGGGACGCCUACCCGCUGGGCGCCCCUGAGAUCUCUGGGAAAAGCGGGGCCCAGGGCGAGGAGCCCGAGUUGCUGGCUAAGCUCCAUCCAGCCUUCCACACCCCAAACUCACCCGGAGUCGGGGGGUCUCCCCUGGGCAGCCUGGCCUAGCGUGGACGCCCGGGGGAAUUGGGUCCUGAACCUGCUCCCAGCUGCCUCCUGCUUCGCCAUACGUGGGGCCUCUUUCUGCUGGAUGGGGCGGGGGAGGGCCCAUGAUGGACCUGGGCUGCAGCAAGGGCCCUUGGCUCCCAGAGGCCAGCCCCAGCCUGCUCAGCCCAGAAGGACCGUUGUA